UUAAAUUAUUGCCGAAGCGUCAAACAUCUUAUCAUGGAUGAUUUUAUAUUUCCAGAAGAUGUCGACGAAGAUAAUGUAGACAGCAGAGUUUCGGACGAUGAUAAGAAUGAAAGCAGUGGGAUUAAUUCUAAAUUGGAGCUGAAGUCGGGCGAUGACAGUGAUAAUUUAACUGUUGGCGACUGUGCUCGAACUAUGAGCGACUCUCUGCUAGAAUAUGAAAGAGUUAAGAGGUGUCUAGUAGAAGUAGACCACUUGGCAACCCAACUAUCUUAUGGAAUGCGAAUGCAAGCAGAAAUGGACAAAUGUGCUUUAGAAAGGAAAAAUUUUCCUUUGAAACUUACGCUUAAGAGGCAAAAGUUAAGUUCUGGUUCUUCGCUAUUAUUUAUUGAAUUACGCAACGAUUCACAAUUUGAAUUCACAGAGUGGCAUUUAGCACUAACUACUUCAUCCUAUCAAGGAACAAGCGAAGAAACAAAAGAUAAAAUAUUCACGAAAGUAAUACCGAUUCGAAGAUUGAAGCCAUGCUCAGAAUUCACUUAUGAAUUAUUUUCCGCAGUCGAAUUGCCAAUAUCACUAUUUUUUCGAGUACAUCUAUUCAAAUGUAUUCAUUUAUCUGGAAGUAUUGAACCUCGAGCCUUCAGAAUUGCACUUGAACCUGUUUAUUUGACUCAUUGGAACACUAUUAGUAAGACAGAAACAUUGAAAAGUAGCACAAGUCGAGCAGUUUUAUAUGAAAAAGUUGAUGAAGAACAAAAACUCACAUUACCAGAAGCGUUAGUAUAUUUAAUAUGUGACGAGAAACAAGGAGAAACUGUGCUUCUGAGUUGGAUCACCAACAUGCAAAGCGAUAAAUUUAGCAGUGUGAAUUGUUUGGUGUUGGACGAUAACAAUUCUUCAUGGCCAUUUUCAGUGAAAGUCAAAAAAAAUGCUUUAAGUUACGACAUAAUACUAAGAAUGAAAAAUGCUAAACUAAGAAAUGUAUUGAUACAGGAAUUGCAGAUGAGGAUUUUGAAAGUUGAUUUCAUAUCAUGGGAACUUGACAAUAAUGUUCACGAAGCUAAAAUAUUGCGACGCUAUCAUAUAAAAAAUCGUCAACAUUAUUCAGUCUAUAACACAUUGGCAGCCAAUGUAAGUGGUAUUGAUUAUAGCAGUGGAAUCAUAGGACAUGAUAUUUACCACAGGACCUUAAUUCGAGAAAUUGCAUUGAAAUUAAAGGAAUUACCACUAAAUGAUCCCUUCCGUCUAAAAACUGUUCGAGAGUUUUUGGAAAAACUGUAUGCUGUAGGGCUGAUACCGACCGCUGAUACCUUAGAACGAGCUAGCAAACUCACUGCUUCUUCAUUCUGCAGGCGUCGGUUACCGGUUGUAAUGAAAAAACUGGAAAUGGCAGAAACGGUUAAAAAUGCCAGCGAUCUCGUGGAGCAAGGACACGUGCGUGUUGGAACAGAAAUGAUAACUGACCCUGCAUUUCUUGUUACUAGGAAUAUGCAAGAUUGCGUAACAUGGACAAAAGACUCGAAAAUUCGGACACAUAUCCUUAAUUAUAACAAUGAACGAGAUGAUUUCUUGUCAUAA